CGUACUAGAGUUAGGGUUUUUACGGUGACAUCGUUUUUGUUAUCACUUUUUAGUUUUAAAUGCUUUUUCGACAUUUAAGUUGCCAGGUAACGUUGAAUUGCUGGAAUGUUGUUGAAACGUAAAGCGGAACUAAAGGUUGCGAACAACCCUUAGUUCCUUCUCUGCAGACAAGUCGGACAUUAAAAGUGAUCGCACCUCCGAGGCAUUUCUUCUGUUUCUGCCCGUCUUCAGAAUCACAAUCAGAUUCUGAUUUCUGCCCGUCUUUUCACCUUUAAAGACAUAUUAUUCCACAAACAAGCAGCGCGUAUGAGCUGACAUGUCCGAGAAAGAAGAAUUAGAAGAAGAAGAGACGAGCAAGCAAAAGGGCUACCGUCUGCUGGGCAUUCUCGACGUGCAGAAGACGCCGUGCGCCAGGGAGGCGGUCCUUCAUGGCGCCGGAGCCUCAUUGGCCGCCGGGCUUCUGCACUUUUUGGCCACCAGUCGUGUGAAACGGUCCUUUGAUGUCGGCGCGGGGGGCUUCCUGUUGACCACGUUCGCUUCCUGGUGCUACUGUCGCGUGAGCAACGCCAGGCAGCGAGCGCAGCAGAGGAUCGUUCGCCGCGGCAUCGAGAACAAGCUCAUCUACCAGGGGACCGGCGCCGACCCGCGAACGUCAUCGGGACCCUCGUGACCGCGAUGGCGCUCAGCUCCUGGAAAGGACGCUGACUGGUCUGCAGGAAGUGAGCAUGCGGGCGCGGCUACCUGAGGAUGGCGGGCAGCCGGGGGCUCCUGUAGAUGAACUUGUGCCUGUAGGCCAGCGACGAGGGGAAGGCCACAAACUCAACUUUGUGACCGCCGA